AUGGAUAAUUACAUAUGUGUGGAUCCGCUCACGAACAAACCUAUUGACUGCUGGAAAAAAUACCUACGACAAGGACGAGUCUCAGAACCCGCUAAAACCCUCAGGCUCGAUACCCCUGUCUUCGACAACAAAAUCAGAUUCGUCUGCAUUUCUGAUACCCACGAAAGGUUAGACGAGUUUUUACCGAUUAUACCCGAUGGCGAUGUGCUGAUUCAUGCGGGAGACUUCACUAAUUACGGCGAUCUCGGAGAAGUCAUCAAAUUCAACGCUGAAAUCGGUAAACUUCCUCACAAAUACAAGAUUGUGAUCGCUGGCAAUCAUGAACUCGGUUUCGAAGAUGGGGAAGAGAUGAAUGAAAGACAAUUGGCUGGUCUGAAUAUGCUCGGAAUCAACAAGGCAUAUGAAUUGCUUAGCAAUUGCACGUACCUCUGUGAUCGUUCAGUUGAGGUGUACGGUAUAAAAAUCUACGGAACCCCAUGGCAUUCAAUGCCCGGAUAUUCCUUUUAUCGUCCACGAGGACAAAAAAUCCUUCACAAAUGGAAUCAGAUUCCGCCUAAAACUGACGUACUCAUCACUCAUACACCGCCUCUUGGUCAUGGCGAUUUCAAUGCAUGGAACAAAAUGGACGGGAUUCUGGCCGGUGACGUCGAAUUAUUAAAUACUGUCGAACAACGUGUGGUACCCAAGUACCACGUCUUUGGCCAUGUUCACCAGAUGCACGGCGCAACUACCAACGGCAUUACGACCUUCAUUAACGCAUCGCUUUGUGAUCAUAAACUUCGUAGCGCCUAUGAUCCUAUCAUUUUUGAUCUUCCUCUUCCAUGCGGUGUAUCUAAAUAA